AUGGAGGCAAGCAGGUGGUGGCUGCACCUGGCCAAAGCCGGCGACCUCGAAGUUGUCGUAGCUUGUGCGGAUAUCGCUGAGCGUGAGAGGGACCGGAUCGGCAGCAGCAUGGGCGGCCGCGUCAGCGGCCGGAGAGGCCGGAGAGCCAUCCGACGGAGGCCGGCAAACCUGGGCGUUGUCUCCGAAGAGCUGUUUGUGUCCUUCGAGGCCGCCGCGGAGACGCCCGGUCUGCCGCACCCGGCGGACGUGGCCGAGCCCGCGUCUCUCGCCGCCACGCCGCCACCGCAGUGCACGUACCCGCUGCUGGACGCCCUGCCGUCGAACCUCGUCUCCUCCGGGGCGCUCUCGUCGCUGCAGCUGCAGUUUGUUGGCCUGGCCUGCCAGCGGCACCUCACGGUGAUGCCGACCGACCCGCCGACACGAGCCGGCUUCUUCCUCGGCGACGGCGCCGGGGUUGGCAAGGGCCGGCAGCUCGCCGCGGUCCUCCUCGACUCGCUCGCGCCGAUGCCGCGGCACAUCUGGUUCUCGUCGAGCGCCGACCUGCGGAACGACGCCAUCCGCGACCUCACCGACCUCGGCUGCCACUGCCCCGCGGGCGUCCUCUUCUCAACCUAUGCCACGCUCCUGGUGGCCUGGUGCGGCGGGCCAGCCUUCGACGGCUGCUUGCUCUUCGACGAGUGCCACAAGGCCAAGAAUUGGACGGGCAAGGAGGAGACGUCGAGCAAGGUCGCGGCGGCGGUACGCGAGCUGCAGCGCGCCCGCGCCACGGCCUUUCGUUGGCUCAUCGCCCGCUUCCUUGUGUCACAGGGCCACGGCUUCCUUUUUGACUCCCAAUCGACUCCUCUAGGCGCGAGCGACCUCUCGAAUUUGGCGUACAUGGAGCGGCUCGGCCUCUGGGGCCCGGGCGCCUCCUUUCGCGACUUCGACGCCUUCGUCGAGGGCGUCAAGAACCGCGGCGAGGCGCCGCUCUCGGCCGAGCAGGCCUCCGCCUUCGACGCGGCCGCCGCGUUCUGGUCGCAGCAGCUGCUGCCGGCGCUCGAGGCGGCGGCGGAGCGGACGGGCGCGCAGGCGGGGGCGACCGUGCGCGCCUUCUGGGGCGCGCACCAGCGCUUCUUCCGCCAGCUGUGCGUGGGCUUCAAGGUGCCGGCACUUGUUGCCGAGGUCCGCGCCGCCCUCGGCAGCGGCAGCUGCGUCGUGGUCGGACUCCAGUCGACGGGCGAGGCGGCGCUCGAGCGAGUGGCAAAGGCGCGGCUGCUGCAGGCGGCCGCCGAGCUCGAGCUUCCCCCGGCGGCGCUCGACUUGCUCAUCGACGAGUGCGGCGGCGCGGCGGCGGUGGCGGAGAUGACUGGCCGGAAGGCGCGGGUGGCGCUCAACGUGACGGAGCGCAACGCCUUCAUGGACGGCAAGAAGCUCGUCGCAGUCAUCUCCGACGCCGCAUCCACCGGCAUCUCGCUGCACGCCGACGCGAGGAGCGCCAACCAGCGGCGGCGCGUCCACAUCACGCUCGAGCUUGCUUGGUCGGCCGACAAGGCGGUGCAGCAGCUCGGCCGCUCGCACCGCGCCAACCAGACUUCGGCGCCGCGGUACGUCCUCCUCUGCACGGACGUGGGGGGCGAGGCGCGCUUCGGCUCGAGCGUCGCGCGCAAGCUGGAGGCGAUGGGUGCCCUCACCAAGGGCGACCGGCGCGCCGAGAUCGGCUCGCUCGACACCUUGGACGUGGACACCGCGCCAAGCUCGCUCGACACCUUCAAUCUGGACACCGCGUGGGGCCGCAAGGCGCUCAAGGCGCUGCUCGCCGCCGCCUACGCGGGCGACAGCUCGGUGCUGCCGCACCUCGCGGCGGACUCGGCCGCCAUCGAGUCGGCUCGCGCCGGGCUGGACGCGGCGCAGAAGGGGAGCGAGAAGGAGCUCGAGCUCUUCGACCUCUUUGCGGCCGCGCUGCGGGAGGUGGUCUCGGCGGCAAAGCGCGACGGCCGGUACGACGCCGGCGUCGCCGACAUCUCCGCCGGCGCCCGCCUCCUCGAGCCGGAGGCGCUGAUCUGGCGCGACCCAAUCACCGGGGCGAGGGCGCACGCGGCGACCGUCGAAGUGGACCGGGGCGUCUCGCCGCAGUACGGCGAGCACCUGCUGCUGCUCGCGCUGCCGAAGGCGCGCGAGCCGCACAUGGCCGUGCUCACGCGUCCAAACACCGGCCUCAGCCUGUACGAGGAGGCGUGGACAGACCUGCACCGAAAGUACGCGCGGGUGCUGCCGCCCUCCGCAGCAGAAGCCGACUGGACGGCCGCGUACAACGGUGCGUGCAACGAGCGCAUCGGCGGCCGGCUGACACGCAUCCAGCUCAUCACCGGCUCGACGCUGCCGAUGCUGCCCGUGCUCGAGGAGGUUGCCAAGAAGCACAGCGCCAACCUGACGGCGCGCGACCGCGCCGUCGGCGCGGUCCGCGUCAUCCUCGAUGGGCGGCGGCUGCUCGGCGUGCGGUUCGCGCGCUCGUGCAUGGCCGACCUCAAGGAGGAACUUCUCAAGUGGAACCUGGCGCGCGGAGCGACGCACCGCAAGGGCUCGUCCUCAUCCUCGUCGGCGGCGGCGUCGUCGGCUUUGGCGGCGGUGCCCAAAGCUACCAAGGCCCCCAAGGCGUCAGGCGGUCUCGACGUGCGCAGCUUCUUCACGUCAAAGUCGGCCGACUCGGGCCCCCGCUCGCCGGCAACUCGCCCGAGCUCGGAGGAGCCCAUCGACCUCACUUCGCCAGGCGGCGACUGA